AUGGGCAAACGAAAGAGAGCCUCCGAAGCGGACACACCUGCAACAGCACCGUCAUCAACUAGGCGGACUACUUCUACAAGGGCGUCUGCCGUCGCUCCCGCCAAGAUAGACACCAACCCGGACACGAACACGAAGAUCAGAGACGGAGCCGAUGCUCUUCGCGCCUCUCCGGACGCCGAGGAGCCUGGGGACGAAAAGUUGAAGAAGGCUCCUUCAGGGAAGGCGAAGUCGAAGGCAAAGAACAAGACCGAGCUGGGAGACGCUGAACAGGUCGCUGAGGGACUCUCAAUGUCAAGCGCCGGUCUGAAGAACCACGCGAAGCGAGACGACGGCCUACAUCGAGGAGACCCUGAAGCCGACGACGAGGAGGAAGCUGACCCUGAAGAACUCAAAGAAGCAUUAUCUCGACCACCUCCCGUCAACAGCUCAUACCUGCCAUUACCGUGGAAAGGCCGGCUAGGGUACGCAUGCCUCAACACGUAUCUGCGCGCUGCCAAUCCACCGGUCUUCUUGUCACGGACAUGCCGCAUCGCGUCUAUUCUCGAGCAUCGCCAUCCGCUGAGAGAUCCCACCCAGCCAGAACAUGCGACCAAAAACCGCCCAGACAAGGACCAGACCCCCGACAUAGCUCGCGGACAGGCGUAUGUCGAGGCCUUGGGUCUGGCCAACGCACGGGAUAUCCCCAAGAUGCUGCGCUGGAACGACCGCUACGGCAUCAAGUUCAUGCGGCUCUCGUCCGAGAUGUUCCCGUUUGCCAGCCACGACGUCUACGGGUACGGGCUGGCAUCCUUUGCGUCGGAAGCAUUGGCAGAGGCGGGUCGCGUGGCUGCAGAGCUGGGCCAUCGACCGACCACCCAUCCCGGACAAUUCACGCAGCUGGGCUCGCCGCGAAAAGAAGUCAUCACAGCCUCGCUCCGUGACCUGGAAUACCACUGCGAGCUGCUGGACCUGCUAAAACUGCCGCCCCAACAGAACAGAGACGCAGUCAUGAUCCUACACAUGGGGGGAGCGUUCGGUGACAAAGAGGCGACGAUCGCCCGGUUCAAGCAGAACUAUGUCAAGUUAUCACAGGGGAUCAAAGACCGGCUGGUCCUGGAGAACGACGACGUGAUCUACAGCGUCCACGACCUACUCCCGGUGUGUGAAGAGCUCAACAUCCCCCUCGUGCUCGAUUUUCAUCACCACAACAUUGUCUUCGACGCGGAUAAAAUCCGCGAAGGAACCCACGACAUCAUGUCACUCUACGACCGGAUCAAAGCAACCUGGACGCGCAAGAACAUCACUCAGAAGAUGCACUACUCUGAACCUACCCCUUCAGCCAUUACUGCGCGUCAACGCCGCAAACACAACCCCCGACCAGCGACCCUCCCUCCCUGCGCCCCAGACAUGGACCUCAUGGUCGAAGCAAAGGACAAGGAGCAAGCCGUGUUCGAACUGAUGCGCACAUUCAAACUCCCCGGCUUCGAUACCUUCAACGACAUCAUCCCGCAUGUGCGGCAUGACGAGAACAAACCAUGGAAAGCACCGAAGCAGAAAAAGAACCCAAAGAAGAACAACAAACGCCAACCCAAAUCCAGACCCGAAGACGACGACGGAGGCGAGGGCGAAGACCACGAUGAAGAACAAGUUGAGCACACGCCCCAACCACCUCCUCUGAUCCCAGACGCCGAAGUAAGCAUGGGAGGCCCCGACCACCGCGUCUACUGGCCCCCGGGCAUGGAAGAAUGGCUCCGGCCCAAGAAACGGGAAGUCAAACCGCGAGACCCGGAGAAAGCCAAAACAACAGCUGAACGAGCUGCGUUGCGUCGAGCCGAGAAAGCGGCGUGGCAAGCCGCGAGGGAAGCAUCCGCCGACGCAGGGACAGACCGAGCAGUCACUGGGACAGGAACAGCGUCUGAGACUGACGCCACCUCCGCCACCGCCACGCCCGCAAAGGACAAGGUUGACCUAGAGAAGACGAGGAGCGUCUAUGAGGUGGCGAAGACGAGUGGGAAAUCGCGCCAGCCGGCUCGCGCACCGGCCAAGAACGCGACGAGUAACAGAAAGACUGAGCAGGGGAAGAAGAAGAAGAACAACGCCAAACCUGUUCUCACGCCGAGUGAUUCAGGCUCCGACCUGACUGAUCUAGAGGCAGAUAUAGACAUGGCCACAGAGCCCUCAGAGCACGAUGACCCCCGCGGCAUGAUGCCCGAUCUGACCGAUGCGGAAGAGAAGGACGUAGCAGUUCUUCCUCCACGACCGCCAACAAUCAAGAAAACACCCUCUCGGACGCGGACCACGAGUGCGCGCAACGCCAAGAGAAGGGCCGUCAAUUAUGCGGAGGGAGAUGAAGGUGGAGAGGAAGAAGAGAAAUGA